AAGAAAUUGUCCCAAUAAUUAUACGCGCUAAAAUUGCAUUGUUAGCGGCGCUCGAAGAUGGCGCGUUUGACCUAGCACGAUCCAUUUCUACUUUCCAUCGACUCGUGUUGCGCAAAGGGAUGCAAUUAUCGAAAAUGUACCUCGUACUGAUGCAACUAAACAUUGCAUGAUUCUUGCACGAGCUGCAUUCCGAUAGACUUGCCUGCUUCCUGUCCAAACCUAACCACUUUUCUCUGAAUCUCUACAAGCAAUUAAAGAUGCAACGUGUGAAUAAACUCUGGACACACCGAUGGCAUUCUAAUUGUUCUUCCUGUCUCUAAUAUGUCGAAAGCUUAGGAAAAGUGAAACUGUGUUCUUUGCCUCAAUCAUGAUUUCCGAAACUGACUCAAUUAUUGCUUCGUUCCAGAUUAGGUUUCCCAAACUUUUAUACUUUUAAAUCUACAUUUGGGAAUGUCUAUUCUAGGCUAUGUAGUUCAUACCUUUUUGGUUAAAUUAUAUGUGAAUUAUUGAUCACUUCGCUAUCAUUUAUUGUUCCUAUACUUCAUACCUAAAAUAAACUCUCCAUAAAUCAGUCGUCACUUUUUGUGAAAUGUAAAUUUACCGAACAAACUUGCCUCAAAGUUUCAGACGUUUAAUUUUCUGACGAGGGUUUGUCUUUUAGCGCCAUUCUUUUAGGGAAAAGUUGUAGCUCAUCGAUAGAAGGGACGAGCGUAUUUCGUGAGUUGUCGAGGCCAUGUACACGGCAAUAUUUUCAAAGCCGCGAGGCUGUAGGGAAAGGUGUGCCACACAACCAAUGGCAAAUUUCUGUUCAGUCGACGUUGUCUCGGUCAAUAGUCAACACGCUCCUCUCGUCUCUCAUUCAGUUUUCCACACAGUUUCUUUUCGCAGCUCGAUCGAAAGUGUUAACUCAAUUCGCAGCGAUCAAACGUAAGUGCGCGCGUGUGGUUCGUGUGUGUAUACAUACAUGUGCCAUCCUCUGCGUCGACGUUGAACGGAGGAGAAGAGGACUCGGGCCAACAGAAGCCGGAACCGAAAAAUGGAUGCGACGCCACUGCGACUCAUUUCCGUACUGCUUUUGUUCGCCUACACCACGUCACACUUCAAUCAUGCAAAAAACGGACCCAAUUACUACGGCACGCCAAUUGGCACGUUUAAAGUGUACGGUCACGGGAUUAAGGGCGACGUGUACCUCGUGGACAGCUCGCAAAUUUUUAUAAAGGACUUCUGCUACGAUGGAACUGGACCGGACGCGUACUUCUGGGUUGGAAACACCGCUGCACCCAGUCCGCAGGGUUACAUCGUGCCGUAUCCAGAAGUGGAUGAGAACAUCGAUCCACCUGUGCUGAAAUCGUACAACUAUACGGACAUACUUCUGAAGCUACCUGACGGGAAGCAGAUACGGGACAUCAAAUGGCUGAGUGUUUGGUGCCGUCGAUUUACCGUCAACUUUGCCGACGUGUACAUCAAGCCGGAUCUCGCGGUGCCCAAGACAAAAGUGUUGCCGGAAUUUUCGAGGUUGGCUCACGGCCUUCGAAGCGAGAACAUCACCAUCCUAGAUAGCAAAACUUUCUACAUCCCUAAUUUGCAUUACGACGGUGCUGGUCCAGACGCUUACUUCUGGGUAGGAAACGGCACAGAACCCAACACGUUCGGCAUCAAGGUGCCCAACGAGAGGAAAAGUUUGGCUCCGUUGAAAGGGUACCAAGGAGAGGACAUCGAAAUUGUUUUACCCGGAAACUUGACCGUGUACGACAUCGACUGGUUAGCCGUAUGGUGCGUGCAGUACAAGCACAAUUUUGGACAUGUCCUCAUUCCAAAGGACAUCUACGUCCCGCCAGCCCUUGGACAAACUAAAAUCACGCCAUCUUGGUGGUACGAUCCUACGAGCAGUACUCCAGAACCGUCCCUGUCCAACUGCAAAGAGAUGUUGGACGGUCGAGUUCAGGUGCAAUGGGAAAUGAUAGGGGACGACAUCCAGAUAAAAGUGUCAGGACGCAUCAGAGAGGAUCAGUAUGUCGCCUUCGGUUUGUCGGGUCACGAUGGAAAGGCUCAAAUGAUCGGUGGCGAUGUGGUCGUCGUUGCUUACAACAACAGAACUGGGGAAUUCAUCGCGGAGGACUAUUACAUAUCAGAAUAUGCGCAGUGCGAUGGCAGGAAAGGUGUGUGUCCGGACGAGAGGGUUGGAGGGAAGAACGAUGCCGCUCUUGUGCAUGGAGAACGGAAAAACGGCGUGACUACAGUGACGUACAUGAGACCAAUGAGAACGAACGAGCCCGUGAAGGACAGGAUGAUACCGUACACGGAAACCAGCGUAAUCGCGGCAAUAGGUCCUCUGAAUGUUAGAGGAGAAGCUAAUGCUCACGAGAGCUUCGACAAGACGACCGAGGACAUUCGUAUUGAUUUUACGUCGAGAAACGUCCACGAGUGUACAAAUUCCCUCGACAACCUUCCGGAUAAGUCUGAAGUCAAACCCUGGCCACAGAUAGUAAUUACCAAUGAGACUACGUUCAGCGCGAGGAUCGGACCGGCUGCUGGCAGAAGAGGAUACUCGAGCAUCACAGGGCAACCUAGCUGGGGCAUUGCGUGGUACAUCAAUGACAUGCUGAUCCCAGAAAUCACUGUGGAGAGAGGACAAACCUACACGUUCAUAGUGGAGGGUGGAAAUGAUCCUGAAAUUCCAGCUAGGUACCAUCCGUUCUAUAUCACCGACAGCCCAGUAGGUGGAUUCGGCCAAAAGACUGAGGAAGAGCAAAAAGAACAGAAAGUAUUCGCCGGAGUGAAAUACGACGCCGAUGGACGCCCUUAUCCAACCGCGGCUGGUCGUUACUGCGAAUGGGUUCACAAGACAGUGGAUAUGAGUGCGGACAUGAAAACCUUUGAGAAUUUCUUCGAAACCCUUAGACUGCAAUGUGACGAAGGUAAACCGGCCAAACUCAAUUGGACCGUGACGGAAGACACCCCAGAUUUGGUAUAUUACCAGUGUUACCAGCACAAUCACUUGGGCUGGAAGAUACACGUUAUCAGCAACGCACACGUAACCGUGCCAUUGAUAUCGAUGGUUCUAACGACGCUCUUUGUCGGUAUCUUAAACUUCAUAAGAUGAAUGCGUUAAUCUUUAAUCGCAAACUACGCGGGACAGAAGACUACAGGAAAAGAGAAAACACGAGGAGAAAGAAACUACAUAGGAAAAUAACGACGGUGAUAAAAAAAAAGAAGAAAAUAAAACAAAAGGCGAUUGUUUAAAAUCGGCUGAACACGAUACAAGGUUGUAAGAAAGUACUUAGCUCGUAAGGUUUAAUUGUAACGUAAAAAGAUUAGCAAAAUAUUUUUAAGAUCUAUCAGAUUCAAUAUUUCAUAUUAUACGAUAUAUAUGUAUAUGUAUAUUUAUACAUAUACACACACACGUAUAUAUAUAUAUACAUUAUAAAUAUAUAUAUACAUGAAUACACACAUAUUAACACGGCACACGAGGAGUACGAGAUUCGAGGUGAUUUUUAAACUGUUUAAGAAUUUAAGAAACUACGUACUUUAGGGAAAGGAGAGGGAAAUAAUUCUCUGACAAUAAUAAUAAAUCGAGACGUGGUGGAGUAAACGUGGAAAUUUCUGACAAUAAUGAAGACAAAAAUAAAAAGAAACGAAUGUCGUUCAUGCGGGAGGAUUUGCUGAUUGUUAGAGCUGAUUCGAAAGAGUGUUGCGUUGAUGAAUGACGAAGCGAAAGAACGAGAAGAGAGAAAGAGAGAGAGAGAACGAGAGAGAGCGUAUCCGUGGUACAUGUACAAUGUAAAUUUUGCACAAAGCUAUAUAGUUGAAUAUACGAUGUAACUUUAAAAAUCGAGUAGCACGUAAGGUAUUACAUUUAUAAAUGCUGUCGACUUGACAAUAAUACGUAGGUUAGCGAACGAUGAAGGAAUCGCUGAAGAAAAAAAUAAUUGAGAAACCAGAAUUAUGUACAAGGUAAACGUCAGACAUAUAUAAUUAUGUAAUUUAAAGGAGAUACAAGUUACAAACUAUCCCCUAUAUACGUGUAACAAUGCUAUAAUAUGUACAUACUAUAGAGUGGACCUUCCUAAGAAAACGGAAUGAAAGUAUAAAAUGUGCCUUGGGUACAGAUAAUGAACUUCUUUAAUUACACGAAUUAGGAACCACUCGGACAGGAGAUACCCUGCGGUACUUAGGAACUGGUUUCUUGCUCGUACGUCGCUAAAUUUCGCUUCAUGGAAAAUUGCAGGGUCGAGAAAUUAAUUGCAUUCGCGAAUCACGUUCUUCUAAGUUUUCCAACUUCGCGAGUAAUUAAUAUUGAUUUCCAAAGUGUCUCUCAAUGCAACUGAUCUAUCGACUCUGCCGGAAUGAAUCCUGCAUCCAAAAUCAAAAAUAAAGGACGUACGCAAGGAACGAAAGAGAGUCAACAACCAAGAAAUCAGAGAAAUACAUAAUCAUUCUAGAAACGUAGGCGUGAAAGUAGCGGAAUCUCUUUCUCUCGAUACAAAUUCGAUGCUCUCCACAGUGUCCAGAUUCUAAGUAACGGAGUGUCCUCAAAAUUGCCAGCUGCGAAACAUUCUUUACAAUUCCAAUUACUUAUCACACGAAGACCAGUCUGUAUUUAAACUACAUACGCAAACAUACCUAACAUAAACAUGUAUACAUAUAUAUAUAAACGCAUAUAAUUAAAACGCGCAUAAAGUAUAUGCAUACGUAUAAAUGAAGUUCGAGGAUUUACGUCGUUUAGCUGUCAGCGUUGCACAGUGAUUAUUCGACGUUUGUUAUCGGAGUAAUCACUAGAUAAGCAAUCGAAGUAAUUGCGUUUAUUUUUUGUUUAAUUCAUUCGCGAUGACAAACGACGAAUGUCAUCGAAUGUCGCUGCUUUAGCUUUCACGUGAAAUGCAUCAAACAUGUUAACCCUUAAAUGGCUGGAACGCCAUUAAAAAUUUUCAUAUUUAUUUUUUUAAAAUUACUUUCAAUUUAUUAUUUAUUGAGUCAUAUUAAAUUGUCGGUCUGACGACAGUGUUCUGUCUAAAAUUUGUUUAGUACAAAAUUAAAAAGUUCUGCGAGAAAUAAGAAUGAUUGCCAGCCGUUUGGGGGUUGAAGCACAAGUGCGAACUUAAUUAAACGACAAUAAGAAGUCUGGAUCCCAAGUUUUCCGGCAACACUCUGAACGAUGAUCCUCAGAAAAAGGAUUCUUACACGACUUUCUUCGCUUGCAGUUGUAUCGUCCUCGCCAUUUCCGUUCCCCUUUUGUUGUCCUGUUUCCUAAGCGAGUCCUUCGAGCGAGCAACGCGGAUUCUAGUACGUAAGCGGACGUAAAACAUCCGUUUCUGUGAACGACAAUAAUAAAAAUACGGACUUGCCGGAUCGGAAGUUAAGCGGGCUGCUUCGUGAACUCGAUGAAACGCAAAUUUUCACGCGGGUCGAAGUCCCGCUUCGAACUUAAGACAAUAUCCAGUCGAUCGUCUUGCUCGCCAAAGUCACUCGGACAAUAAAUAAUGAUAAUAAAAAGAUCCUAUAUUUUGUCUGGGGAGAACGUAUCUAUGGAUACGAUCGCUCCCGAUUUUUAUGAAAUUCGGACAAUAAUUGUGCUUAGAGUUUCUGAAGUACAAAACACCGAUGAUCGACUACUGAUGAUCGUAUAGGUCAGACAAUAAUAACGAAAGCUCUGUCGCGGGACAACAAUCUUCGAUGUAGGGAAAUUAACUUAACGAAUACGGUGGCGAUUGGAUGGUGGUCGCAAGUUUGGUACAGGGUCUAAUACAGGUUUGAAGAAAUUUUGAAAGACCUAAAAUCUUAGACUCGCUGUUCCAAAAUUUCAAGAUUCCAAGAAAUUCUAUAAACUAAAAUAACUAAGAUGAUAAUAUAAAAAUUUGCGACCAUUAACCAAGUAUCACUGUAUCUGUACGGAUCAAUUAUUCGAAGUGUAAGAUGUACAAAGUUGAAUAAGGACAGCGUACAUCGCGCUGAACCGUUGUUAACUAUAACGAUUGUACAGAACGAACGAAAGUCUUAGAUAGCGAUGUAAAAUCUGAACUUUCUCCUCUCCUUUUUCUCUUCAGUAUAAUCUACUAUAUACGUGUACAUUUUCUACGUACCAGUUUCUAUCUUCUCUAAUUCUGUCUCUCGUUUAACCUUAUUAGGACAUUAGUGAUAAGCUGUUUCGUAUGUUCGCGGAGCAGCCCCCCGUCAAUAUCCCACAAGUUGUUAGCGAUUAAGAAGCGAAUACUAGCUUAGAAGCUAAGAGAACACUUUCUUUUGUUCGUUGUAUCGACGUGUAAUUUAAAGGAGAAGAGAAGAAUGCGAAUGGUUAAGAUCGAUCGUCGAUCGAGACGCGUGUGUCGAAUGCGAAACGUGAUUUUCCGAAUCGUUAGCGAUAUUCAAGUCGUUUUGUGUCUCUCUUGUAGUUAAGAUUCAAGAUAGCCUUUUCACUCGUGUCACUUUUCUUCCGACCACCGCGACGGUCUCGUGGAAGUCGACGAACUCGAGGAUCUUAACACUUUGAUCGUAUGUUUCAUAAAAUUUAUUUCCACCUAAGAGGCAGACCUGUUACUUGAUAGAAAUUUAAACAUCUGUUCUUGAAUGUUAUCUGAUUACCAUUCCUUAGAGAAGCCAACUUUCCUAAUUUUAAAUUCUCCAAUAAAUGGAACAGAGUCAAAGUGUUAAGAGAAGAAAACCCAAUCCGAUAGAAUAAGAUUCUAUCUUGUUAUCGUUGAAUUCGGUCCAGCUGUCUAAAAGUCUCUCCUUGUAUAGCGUCGGUAGACGAAUUUUAUCAUUCUUCUCUCCUCUUCCUUUCGCGAGGUCACAUAUCCAAACGUAUCCCGUGUAACAUAAGGUUUCUAUUUCGUUUUCAAACAGCGGACUCGUUAAAUUUAAAUGUAAAUCUAUUAGGUAGAAAGUUGGGCGUCCUCGAGAUCGGCGCCCGUGCGUCCGAUUUAUCCCAAACCGAGGAGUAUUUCAGAAAGUCGAUUAAGAAAGUAUCAAAAUGAAAGUGAAGAGAUGUGUGCGGUGAUCAACUUAGAGAUAAGCGAAGAACAACAUUCGAAAUAGCGAUUUUAAUGGUGUCGAUUAAACCAAACGGAUGUAUAACACACUGUCAAUAUGUAUGUAACCGAGAAGGUUGUCCUCUUGUUUCGAUUAUCGUAGAGGAAGGCUUUUUAACUGGAUAUCUUUUUCAAUCUUAUCCUCGUGGUAGAAUAUAUUUUCACACAGUUUAAGAACAGGACGUAGAAUGCCGGAGAACGGUUAAUCGGUGCUUUCGUCAGCUCUUUGCACUCUUCGAGCACGCUGGUUUUCUUGUAUGUUGUUCGAAUAAUACGUAAGUGGCGAGUGAUAAUUCACGAUUGCGAUAUGGAGAACGUACAAAAAAUAUAGAGUCGUGUAACUGGUGGUACAAACCUGAUAUUAAGAUAUUUUCUUUGUGGCAUAUCGUGUUAUUUAACAAAAUCCUAGUUACAUCGAUAUUUGAAAAAUAUCUAAAACAAUUUUUCAAUAUUUUCAUUUAAAAAUCAAUCACGUUUUGUAUCACCGUUUAAACGACUCUCGAUACAUAUAUACAUAUUAUAUAUAAAUAUACAUAUAUGACAAGAAUUGAUUCGUUACGAUAGACCGUCCUGAGUUGUGUUUAAAAAUUUUCAAAGAUAUAUAUUUUUGAACGACGAGUAUCGUUGAACGAAUGUUACAAUAUUUUAUCGUCAAAGACGGAGGUCUUGAUUGUUCUUGAAUGGUGUCUCAAGAAUUCGAAUUCGAUUGAAAGUAAUAGAAUAGCUCAAUAAGUGAACGUUGAAAGAGUGCAAAGAGUUGAAAGAGAUGGAGUCCCACGAAGAAUCAUUUCCAACUAUCCGUAGAUAAAUCGUUCUCGAACAUGCUGACACGAAAUCCAUUUAGCGAUUAGUACGUCCCGUAGAGAGAUAAACUUAGUUCGUGAAUUAACGAAGAAACGAAAACAAAAAGAUAAAAAAAAAAGGGAAGAAACAAGAUGAAAUUUAUCGACUACUUUAUCCGUACGGAAGAAGGGAGGAACAGUUGAAUCGAAAGGUUUUGGCGAACUUAUCAAGCUCUCGCGUUAAAAUGAAACAGCAAAACAUAAAACGAAUAAAAAAAAUAAUGAUGUAACGUAGCAUUAUCGAGAAUGGUAAACAAUUGUCAACCGUUUUUUUCAACGUUUUACGUGUUAGACUAUAUAGAUUAAUCAACAAGGUAACUCUAUUAAUCGUGUACUCGUAUUACUGUAAAGUCGAUUCCGAUUCUCAGAAAUUCCUCGUGUUUUUUACGAGACACGUGCGAACACACGUUUUUUCAAAAAGAAAAGGACAUAUCAACCUCUUGAUGAUUUGAUCGUUUUUCCUGAUCGAUGAAAUUUACAUACGUAGAACACCAUGAAUUAACGCGUUGAGUGCCGCGAUGCUUUCAAUUAACAAACUCUCUUUUUUAAUCUCAUGGCAGCCAUAGUUUAAUUUUUCAGUCUUCGAAAUCUCAGAAUUUCUUUCGUGCAUUAUAAAAUUAUUUUUUUAUAUAAACGCGGCAUUCAACAUGUUAACGAUUAAGCAAGCAUCUCUAAUUGUUAAAUGUUAAAUUAAACGUUCAUUCUACUUGUUGAAAAUACUCGCACGUGUCUGAAAUCUAUCAUCGUGAAUGCAGACAAGAAAAAGAGUCGCUUGUACAGAGCGUAAGUCUACUAACUGCAUACAAAGAUGUAUACGAGUUUAAAUUUCGAUGUCAGGUACAGUACAGUGCGUUUUGAGUCGUGUAUGUGUAUGGUGUUGCACUGUGUCACUCUUUCUUUUCCUCUUAUCUUUUCUUUCUGUAUUUGAGGCACCGCCAUGGCAGUCAACGCGAAAUGCGUUCAAGAAACUUGUUUCACGAAGCUACAAACUACGGUUUGCAUAUGUUAUCGUUAGGCAAACUCGGUUUAAACAGAACAAUUUAUAAUAACUUAUGUUCUACAUCUGGUGCUACAAUAAUCUCCUACAUUUUGAAAAAUUUCUUUAGAGCUUAAGUAUCUUUUCGACAAUAUUUUAAUAACUUUUUACUCAGCAUUAGUGUUGUGGAGGAAUAUUUGGAAUUAAAUCUGUUAACUUCAAUUUGACAUUUUCAAUUAUUAACGCAAUCUUCGUGGUACUUGGAACCUUCUUUCCUUCAACUUCGAAUUAUUUAAUUAAAUUCAAUUCGUAGCGCUGAUCAAUGCGAUAAUUAAAGGUGUAACUUCACGAAACAAGUUCGAUGUUCAAGCUUGUUGGGGCUCUUUUAAGCUUUAUUUAAACGUGGAAUCAAUUUUAAAUAACUGUCCAUGUAAUUAAGAUUCGUGUCCUUUUAAUUGCAAUUUAAUUAAAAGUCCUAAAACUUAGAAGAAAGAAAACAAAGAUACGUACAUAUUUUCGUGAUAUACUGGGUGUUUAAAAAAUGUACAUCAGCUAAUUCCUGACGAAAGAAAAGGACCUGUACGAUUUUUCAAUUUGAAGUUUCAUUUGCAAAAUAUAAACGAUCAAAGAACUGGGUGUACAACUUCCGGCAUGUCGUGUUUAAACCUUGUAUUCACACAAAAUACAUAUAAAUACCCGAACGCACACAUAGUAAGCACUGUCGACGUUAAAAAAUUAUUUGCGAUAAAAGAAGGGUUAAAAAGAGCACCCCGGAAGUCAGACACUUUUGAAUUAUUUGUUUUAAACUGCAAAGUGGUAAAGAACUCGAUUCCUUUUUCUAUGGAAAAUUAAGUUUUCACAAUGUACAUUUUUUCAGACCGCCUCAUAUAUUUCGCUUUUGAUUUCCUCACGAAUAAGCGAUUAAAACGUAUAAACGUUCAAAAACAUUUCCAUAAAUUGUUCAUUUUUCUUAAUAUAUAUAUAGUCUAUCCCAUGGUAUACACAGUAGCGAAAGGUUUAUCGUUUUUUUAUUUCUUUGUUGAUAGCGUUAAUCUGUCUUGCGAAGAAAAGAGGAAAACGGAAAGCAUAUAUAUAUAAUAUAAUAUAUACACGCAUUAUCAAAACACAAAGAGAAGAAGAACGCUAUUCGCGUAUUCCGACUGAAUAAAGCUCGAAAGCCACAGUACGAAAUAUAAUACUAUAAUGAGAGAGAAAAGAAAAUAUAAAAAGACUGCUCUCGCCGGCAAAAGCAUCAUUGUCCAAUGGAAAUAGAUUUAGAAACACCAAACAUGCACUACGCGUCGCGAAACAUUUUGGUUUCUUUUAUUUUUUUAUUUCUUUCUUUAGUUCGUUCGAUGCGUACAUUUUUCUUUCCAAUGAAAUACGAGUAAGGAAUUUUGUACGUAUUUCUCCAUUGUAUGCAGAUCCACGUCCGACGGUUACGAACGAAGCGAGAGAU